AUUUAUUGAUAACCUUGAACAUGUACAAAGAUAUUUGAAAUGUGAAUAUGAAAAGAAAUUACAAGUAAAUUUGUUUGAAUAUACUCCACAUGUUGAAUGUCUUGAAUAUUAUCUUCAACAUGUAUUUAGUCAAUGCUUAAAACCUCAUAAAUCUAACUAUAAGGAAUAUAAUAAAGUAUCAGAAUUAUUUGAUUUAUUAAUUACUCAGAUACCAGAUGAUAUUAAACAAAUUAUUGAAAAUUAA